AUGUCUGUCCACGCAGAUGCGCCGCCUGCGGUGGUUAAUGAUCCGUCCGGAUUGCAGUAUGUCACGGGACGCCAGCUCGGGAAGGGUGGCUUUGCCAUCUGCCAUCAUGCGGAGCUGCUGGAGAAGGGCAAUCGGACUGGGAACAUUAUCGCGUUAAAGAUUGUCAAGUCAAAGAUGGAGCCUCCCAAACUGGCACAAAAGUUUGUGACUGAACUGCAAAUACACUCCAAGCUCCUACAUCCCAACAUCGUCGAGUUCUACCGCGCCUUCUCCUUCGAAUUGAACACCUACGUCGUCCUUGAGCUCUGUGAGAAUGGCUCUCUCGCCGAUGCUAUCAAGAAGCGGAAGUACUUCACGAUGCCGGAAAUCCGUCGUUUCAUGAUACAAACCUGCGGCGCUAUCAAGUACUUACACCAUCGAAACAUCGUCCACCGGGACUUGAAGACUGGGAACCUAUUCCUAGAUAAGGACAUGAACGUCAAAGUUGGAGACUUUGGGCUAGCCGCGCUUCUCGUCUCGAAUCACGACAUGCAGGUCAUUCGUCGCAUGACAAUGUGCGGGACGCCCAACUACCUUGCUCCGGAAGUGCUCGAGAGACAAGGACACGGACACAACGAGAAAGUAGACAUAUGGGCCAUUGGUAUCAUGAUGUACACUCUUGCUGUAGGGAGGGCACCUUUUCACGCCGCUAAGAGGGAGGACAUCUACAAGAAGCUGAAGGACGGAGAGUACACCUGGCCUGAUCUAUCGAAGUUCCCGAACGAUAUCUCUGCCGAAUUGCGCGAAGUUGUAUCAUCAUUACUUGUCCCCGAGAACGAUCGGCCAAACCCGGAUAAGAUCGUCAGCCACGACUUUUUCAAAAUGAACUACAUACCAUUGGAACUCAACAGUAAAUGCACAUCUGUGAUCCCCAGAUGGCCAGCAGUCCGACCUCCAUCGCCUGCAACCGUUCGACGAGGAUAUACUGAAGAGUGGUACAAAUUAUGCAAAGCAUCGGGGGUAGGAGAAUUGGAGCCGGGAAAAACAUUCACAGUUUUUGGUGGUCGGAAAAUCAGGUCGGUCGCAAAAGACUGCCAGAAAGAAAUCGACCUUCAGAAACAACCCAACAUGCCGUUCACCAAUGGCGUUGUUUAUUUACCCUUUCCAGAACGAGCGCCGUGGCCAGCGAAAUCAUCGGUUGUCGGCUUGAGUGAAAUUGUGGAAGAGAAGGAAUCUUCAUUUGAAGGCAUAGCACUAGUAGAAACGACCGGAAAUGAUCGGGCGCGAGAGGGACGUGGCGUAAAAGGUGAGGAGGAUGUGCCGUCUUCGAAAGAGAACGUGGAGCCUGAAGAGCCGGAACCCGUAAGAAGACUGGCAGAAAAGCCAACUCGAAUGCGGACCAUGCGCAAAAUCUCGAACCCGGACCGUGUAACCGCUGGCACGGCGCCUAUACGUUCCAUUCGAUAUCCUCGAGCGAUUCAGCGAACGAAAUCCACAAGAGAGACAACGAAAGCAACCGAGGCGCCACAGGAAGAGGUCACGGUGAAGGCGUACCCGAAGCCGCAGUCUUCCGUGAACGAGGAGACGCGACGGCCUCAAGCCCAGACCCAGCCGGCUCCGAUAAUCGACUUGACAACCCCUGAGACCGAAAGCCGGAUGAUUCCUUUUACGGAUCCAGCUACGGUCCUUGUCCGAGUCUCAAAAUUCCGUGACAGUGUCGCAAAAGCUCUGACUAGCCGGUCUAGGGCUCCCGCUCGUCCAAAUCCACCACAUCUCCCAUUCGUGUCGAAAUGGGUUGAUUACUCCCGGAAGCAUGGGGUGGGAUAUGUGCUUGAGGAGGGUAGCAUUGGCUGCAUCUUGAAUGCAACAUCAAAGCACCCAGUAACGCAUGUUGUUGCUCGAGACGGUUAUGCUUGCUUAGGGCACGUUGCGAAGGACAUCAAGUUGGUAGAGAAGAUACCGCUGGAGUACUACACUGAUUGUGGGGCCAAAGGGGUACGAGUUGCUCCAGUUGAGAAGGAUCGCCGAAGGAUUACAAACACGAUCUGGAUGAAAUUCGGGAAGUACAUGUGCCAGCAACUUGGAAUCACUGAAGGGCGGCCGGCGACGCCAUCGAGCUCAAUGCAGACUUCAUUCGUGAGGUUCUACCAACGGCUUGGCAAUGUUGGCGUCUGGGGGUUUGGAGAUGGCUCGUUCCAGUUCAAUUUCCCCGAUCAUACGAAACUCGUCUUCUCGGCGGAUGGCGAAUACUGCCAGUUUUUCUGCCUUACCCUCGACGCCACGGAGCACCUCGCCGAAUACGGCCAGGUCCCAUUCAAGUACAUACGUAACCGCGAGGUCUUGAAAAGCUCGAUUCACAACCUGCUCCACGGAACGGGAAGCGUAGCGAUGUCCUACAGAAAGAUUACUGAGGCGAACCUCUUGGGAAAGAAACUCGAAUUCGUCGUGACGCUUAUGGAUCAAUGGAUUGCUAGUGGUGGCAUUGGUUGUGUGACGGACUUGGACAAGCUCUCCUGGACCGGACCACAGCUCGAAGAUAGCAAGAAGCAAGACUGGGCGGUUUCCAAGAGAGCCGGGCGCAAGAAGGAUGCCAGCAGCUCGAAGCAGUCCACCGCCGGCCCCAAGGCCCAAUUCGCAAAGAAGGCCGUCUUCGAGAGCACGAAGAAGAAGGAAGUCGGGGUGUCAGAUCUUACCCUGAUCAGCAAGAUCUCCAACGAGGCUAUAAAUGACAACUUGAAGAAGAGGUUCGAAAAUGCGGAAAUCUACACGUACAUUGGCCAUGUGCUGGUUUCUGUCAACCCUUUCCGAGAUUUGGGUAUCUACACCGAUGCUGUCCUCGACAGCUACAGGGGCAAGAACAGGCUGGAGAUGCCCCCCCACGUCUUCGCCAUCGCCGAAGCAUCCUACUACAACAUGAAGGGAUACAAGGAAAACCAGUGUAUCAUUAUAUCGGGCGAGUCUGGGGCGGGGAAAACCGAGGCGGCGAAGCGGAUAAUGCAAUAUAUUGCGAACGUCUCCGGAGGUAGCAAUUCUUCUAUUCAGGAGAUCAAGGAUAUGGUGCUGGCCACGAAUCCUUUGCUUGAGUCCUUUGGAAACGCUAAGACUUUGAGGAACAACAACUCCUCACGAUUCGGAAAAUACCUCGAGAUCCAAUUCAAUUCCCAGGGCGAGCCAGUUGGAGCAAACAUCAACAACUACUUGUUAGAAAAGUCCAGGGUAGUAGGACAAAUCGUGAACGAGCGCAAUUUCCACAUUUUUUACCAGUUCACAAAAGCCGCUUCGGCAAACCACCGAGAGAUUUUCGGCGUACAGCAACCACAAUCCUACAUCUACACAAGUAAAUCGAAGUGUUACGAUGUUCAAGGAAUCGACGACCACGCGGACUUCCAAGAGACGUUGGAUGCUAUGAAGAUCAUUGGUUUAUCGCAGGCAGAACAGGACAACAUCUUCCGAAUGCUGGCUGCCAUCCUUUGGCUUGGCAAUGUCUCCUUUGUGGAGGACGACUCAGGCAACGCAGCAAUUGCUGAUAGUUCCGUGGUCGACUUCGUCGCAUACCUCCUCGAAGUGGAGGCGUCACAUGUCAACAAAGCACUCACCCUACGAGUAGUCGAGACAAGCCGGGGCGGACGGAGAGGAUCCGUCUACGAUGUCCCCCUUAAUCCCGCUCAAGCAACAUCCGUAAGAGAUGCGCUAGCCAAAGCCAUCUAUUUCAAUCUGUUCGAUUGGAUCGUAGAGAGAGUCAACGCAUCGCUCAAAGCUCGAGGCGCGAUGGCGAACUCCGUUGGUAUUCUGGAUAUCUACGGUUUCGAGAUUUUCGAGCGGAACAGCUUUGAGCAGCUCUGUAUUAACUAUGUCAACGAAAAGCUCCAGCAGAUCUUCAUUCAAUUGACUCUACGUACGGAACAAGAAGAGUACGCUCGAGAACAGAUCAAGUGGACCCCUAUCAAAUAUUUCGACAACAAGGUUGUUUGCGACCUGAUUGAAGAGAGACGGCCGCCGGGAGUCUUCUCCGCACUAAAUGAUGCCUGUGCGACUGCACAUGCUGAUCCCACAGCCGCCGACCAAACCUUCGUGCAGAGGUUGAACGCCCUGUCUGACAACCCGAACUUCCAGCCCCGACAAGGACAGUUUAUCAUCAAGCACUACGCAGGUGAUGUGUCGUACGCCGUCGAUGGUAUGACUGAUAAAAACAAGGACCAGCUCCUGAAGGAUUUACUCAAUCUGGUUGGCCAGAGCUCCAACAGCUUCGUCCAUGUGCUAUUCCCGCAUCAAGUCGAUCAAGAUAACAAACGGAGGCCCCCAACUGCCGGCGACAAGAUCAAGCUAUCGGCAAAUGAUCUCGUGGCGACUCUAAUGAAAGCCUCGCCGUCGUACAUUCGAACAAUCAAACCCAACGAAAACAAGUCAGCCUCAGAAUACAACUCGCCUAACGUCCUCCAUCAGAUUAAGUAUCUUGGUCUGCAGGAAAAUGUCAGGAUUCGGCGAGCAGGAUUCGCGUCCAGACAGACCUUCGAGAAAUUCGUCGAACGAUUCUUCCUACUUUCUCCGAAGACGGGUUAUGCGGGCGAGUACACGUGGACAGGCGAUUACCAGACUGGUACCAAGCAGAUUCUCAAGGACACCAGUAUCCCUGCCGAAGAAUUUCAGAUGGGCGUCACCAAAGUCUUCGUCAAGACUCCAGAAACACUGUUCGCAUUGGAAACCAUGCGGGAUCGUUAUUGGCACAACAUGGCUAUCAGGAUUCAACGAGCAUGGAGAAAUUACCUUCGCUACAGAAUCGAGUGUGCUACUCGCAUCCAACGUUUCUGGAGGAGGGUCAACGGUGGUCUUGAGUUCAUACAGUUCCGAGACCAGGGCCACGCAAUCCUAGCAGGACGCAAAGAGAGGAGGCGUUACAGUCUAGUCGGAUAUCGCCGAUUCCUAGGCGACUAUCUGGGCAUUGGCAACCGAGGAGGCCCGGGAGAGGUGAUAAGGAAUGGCGCCAAUAUCAGUGGAAGCGAAGAGGUCCUCUUCUCGUGCAGGGCUGAGCUACUCGUAUCCAAACUCGGCCGAUCGAGUAAGCCGGAACCACGGAUACUGAUCCUUACCAAGAAAAGCGUCUAUAUUGUCAAGCAAGUCAUGGUCAACCGGCAAUUGUCGAUACAGGCGGAGAGGGUCAUCGGCUUAGGAGCGAUCAAAUACGUCAGUGCUUCGAAUUUGAAGGACGAUUGGUUUGCCCUUGGCGUGGGAUCACCUCAAGAACCGGAUCCCUUGAUCAAUUGUAUCUUCAAAACUGAGUUCUUCACCCAUCUCAAGACGACGACUCGUGGCUCAAUAGACAUUAGGAUCGGGCCUACCAUUGAAUUCAAUAAGAAACCUGGGAAGCCUGUCGUGGUCAAGGCGAUCAAAGAUCCUGCCGUACCCAGAGACGACCUAUAUAAGAGUGGAGCUAUACACACUGCGCAAGGAGAGCCACCGAAUUCCGUGUCACGGCCCACCCCCAGGGGCAAACAGGUCGCAGGUAAGCCGAUCACGAGCGGUAAGCUCUUACGCCCUGGUGGUCCUAAGGGAGGGCCAUCUAAGCUCGCCAAUCGUCCAGCUCCAAGGCAGACACAAGCUGCAGCGCAGCCAAGACCAGUGCCCCAGCCGGUGGCAGCAUUGUCCAACGGAGCAGCGCAUAAUCGCAAUACUUCAUCUGCAUCAACUGCAUCGGCGCGUGUUCCUCCCCCACCACCACCCCCUCCUGCGGCUGCCCCUACCCCUAAGGAACCCACAUACCGAGCUGUGUAUGAGUUCGCCGGACAGUCUGAUGGUGAGCUCAGUCUGAGGAAAGACGAGAUCAUCUUGGUCACCCAGAAGGCGGGCAACGGUUGGUGGUUGGCAAGCCGGAUGGACAAAUCAGAAUCAGGUUGGGCCCCAUCCGCAUACCUAGAAGAGUAUGCGAGCAAGCCAGCUCCGCCUCCUCCACCACCCGUAGCACCCCGCGCUGCGCCUGCCCCGCCUCCCGCGAAUGGUGUAUCGAGUAACGGAGGUAUCAGAGGCAAGCCAACUCCCCCUGCCCCGCCUGCAAAACGUCCGGCCGCAAAGAAAGCCUUGCCAACUCCAGCUCCACGAGAUAGUGGCUACUCCGGAAGCGGAGCGAGUAGUAGUGACAUAGGAGCCAGAGACAGUGGUGGAAGUAUUGCGGGAGGCUUAGCAGAGGCAUUGAGGGCAAGGCAGGCGGCUAUGCAGGGUCGCCGUCCUGCUCAGGAGGACGAGUGGUGAACGCGCCAUGAUUGAGGUAGAUUGCCGUAUACAGCGGCACCUCAGUGCCCUUGUCGAUUUGUACUCUUCAUCUAUGGGUUUUGGGAUGUCGAGGCAUGCAUUUGAUGUGCGAGGCCGGCGCCACGGUAGGGAAAAUCGUACCGCAGCUCGGCUUGGUUGUUUGUUAUUAGAUAUUGCUUCUGUAUUGGUUAUCGUCCACUGGAAGGAGGGCGAUGGACCUCGCUCUAGGAGAAUCGUUAGCGUAUGGCGCAAGAGGUAUGGAUAGAUGAUUGAAUUCACAUAUUCGUUUCUAUCA